UUCCGGUUCCGGAUGGAGCGGCCGGGCCGCAGUGAGUGCCCCGCUCUGCCCCCGGGCUGGAGGAAGGAGGAAGUGACCCGGAAGUCAGGGAUCAGCGCCGGGAAGUGCGAUGUCUACUACUACAGCCCCAGUGGGAAGAAGUUCCGGAGCAAGCCGCAGCUGGCGCGAUACCUUGGGAAUGCCGUGGAUCUGACCGGCUUCGACUUCCGGACUGGGAAGAUGCUUCCCAGUAAAGUCCAGAGGAGCAGGCAAAGAGGGAGGAAUGAGGCCGUCAUUCCCAAGGGAAAACCGGAUCUCAACACCACCCUUCCCAUCCGUCAAACAGCCUCCAUCUUCAAGCAACCCGUUACCAAGGUAACCAAUCACCCUAGCAACAAGGUGAGGGCCGACCCCCAGCGAGUCAUGGACCAACCGCGUCAGCAUACACGGUGAAUACAAUAAGCAUGAACGAGAAGUAACGUUGUCAGCUGGUGCAGUGCUGUGUUUUGGCUUUAGUCUGAGAACAAUGCUGAUAACACACUGACGGUUUAAUUGUUGCUAAGUAAUGCUUACUCUGAUCAAGGACUUCUCAGCCUCUCAUGGUCUGACAGUGAGGAGAUGCACAAGAAGCUGGGAAGAAGCAGAUACAGGACACCUGACCCAAACUAAUCAAAGGAAUAUUCCAUACCACAGCACAUCAUACCCAGUAUUUAAACUGGGGGGAGUCACCUGG